AUGACAGAGCGGCAAAGCGGAAAUCGGCCAGGAUGUCCAAGCAUAUAUGCCAGGGUAGGAUGCAGGGUUCAAGAUAUUCAGUGGCCAGCAGGCCUUCAUUGGAAGGAGCCAGAAUGGAAGUCCAACUUCAAGGAGCGCAUCGUCACUUUAACGUACGGCGAAAAGCUGCGCCUGAUGGUGCAGAUCCAGCUCCGCCGGCAGGACCGACGUAACGCCCGGGAGGAUUGCGCAGUGGCCCUGCGGACAGGCCUCUGGGAGGGCUCGCGUGCCUACACAAUCCCGAGGACUGUGCAAAGCACUGGGACUGAGGCCCUAAAAGGAUGGUGA